AUGCUGUCGACCACCAACACCGCCCCCGUUUUGCAUCACACCAACGAAUUCACCGUUCCCAAAGCCAUACGCUCCGCCUCUUCUCCUUCGGGCAGCUUCCCGACCGUGCAGCAUGCUCGCGUCACCAGUCUAGACCUCAAUCCACGCUCGGCCUCGGAGUCCAACUCAGCAUCGGCACCGGUCUCUGUAUCGGCUUCAGCAUCGCGCACACACAGCCUUUCCACCUCCCCUUCGGCGUCGCAGCUCUAUCCACGCUCCUCUAUCCUCAUCAACGCGCGCAAACGUCGAUACUCGGGCGUCAUCUAUGCUGAUGACUCCACCGCCGCUGGAUCUUCCUCAGCAGCUGCCCCCGUCGUCACCCACAUCCCCGCCGUACCUUCGCGCAAGGAAAGAGAAAAGGAGCGAGAACGUGCGCGCGAACGAGAAAAGGAACGAGAGCGGGAACGCGAAAGGGCAAAAAGCAAGGAUGAAGAGAAAAUAUGGGGGAUCCCCAAGAAAGCGCUCCUCCUCGGCCUUGGCGAUCUCAACUUCAACGCACAGAUGGCCAUGAUGGCCGGAUGGGGUCAUGGAAGCGGAGGGGCGUCCAUCUUGCCGAGCACAGCCAUCCCGACCAGCAACGACCGUAAACGGCUUCGUCCUUCCUCAUCUGCCGAGCUGCCCAGACCCUCCUCUUCUUCUUCACGCCGUUCUGCCCGACACAGCGACAGCGAGGACGAUGACGACGACGAUGAUGACGAUGCGCCAAAGCGCGGCAGCUGUUCUCGACACGCUUCUCGUAGCGCUCGCGACGGUGGUGCACACAACUCCUCUGCCAAGAACGAUGGCGGCCUCAGUUCCUCGCCCACCGAGGAGCCCUUGGAUCCCGAGGAACUCGCCGCGCUCAAUGCCAUUAUCAACACCCGUCGCAGUAUGGCUGCAGCGCAGGCGCUCGUCAGCGGCUCCCUGAGCCUAGGCCCGCGCGCUCUCCGCACCUCUACCAGCUUUGGAAGCUCGGCACAGGAUCUCUCGCGUCCACCACUCGAGGAAAAGCGUUUCGAGUCACAGGACUCGGUCCCCAGUAUGAGCUCCAUCGGAAACUCUUCGCUCAGCAUCGCCAGCAGCAGCCAGCCUCCCACCACGACCUCUGAAAAGGCUCUGCAGCUGCCUGCGACACAUCCCAGCUCCUCCAGCACAACAACGACUGUGCUCGACGCCAGCGAGAGCAAGUCAGCGCGCAUCCGCUUCGCACCUUUGCCAACGCCCACCUCGGCUCCACCUAUGCUCGGCAGAGGCUCGGAUGCGCUCAAUGGCGAAGCGGUGCUCGAGGAUUCCGACGAGUCCGACAUGACCGAUUCAGACUACGACAGCGACGACGAUGCCAAGUCGAUGAAGGGCAAGUGGUACCUCAUGGGCAUGCCCUCGGCCUACUUCAAGCCCCAAUACUACACGGGCAAGAGCAGCAAGCGUCGCCUCAGCAAGAGCAGCGCCGCAGCCGACGGGGGCGACGAUCGAUCCGAGGAUGGCAACAGCAGCUUCCGACGCAAGAGCACCGGCAGCUUGUCAGACACCAUGGGCCCGGACGUGGCGCGCAGAAUAGCAUCCGAAAACGACGAAGAGGAACGCGGCAGAGCAGGCGCUUCGGGUUCCAAGGACAAGCGCAAGGCGUCGCACUCACGGAGACGCUCUCGCAGCCGCACGGGCGGCGCUAUCAGCUCGGGCGACGAAGACGAACGUGCACGUCGCAGAGAGCUCAUCCGUCUUGCGCGUCCGGGCGGCACGGGCAUGGUCACGCUCCCGGAUGGCACCAAAAUCCGUGCACGCCGCGUCAACGAUCAACUCAGCCAGGACGAGCCUGAGUUCAAUGAGUGGGGGUUUGCCGGGCUGGCUCGAGAGGCGUCACGUCGUAGUCUCGGAGGUGGAAGCGGACCGCCUUCGCUCGCCACCACGCCCAACGGAUCCGAUUACAGGGGUCUUUCUGCCUACAUGGAGGCCGAGGAGGAAGAAGAGGAUGACGGCUCUGGAAUGGCCUGGGUUCGCCGCCGGCGACGAGAAAGGGAGGCAAAGGCGCGCCUGGAACGCGAGCAGGCCGAAAACGCAGCGGCCGAAGCAGCUCAGGGGGGAGGCCAAGCCACGCAGGAAUCAGCAUCGACAGAGCCGAACGUGCAAGAGGCUACUGCCAGUGUCAUCGCAACCAACGGCAGCGCAACAAUCCAAGCUUCUGAAGCCGAAGCAACGACGGCAUCUGUCCCCACUACGAUUCUCGGCGACUCGGACAUCUCGGACAUCUCGAUGACGAAAGACGUGGCCCCUUCUGCUCCUUUGGACGAGCCCAUGCCCUUGUCAUCAUCAGAAGCAACAGCCCAGCCUGAGACGGUCGCAACAACGCCACAAAGGGCAAAGCGCCAGUCGCAGCUGAGCACCAUCGAUACAUCUCGUCCCUCGAGCAGCGGCAUGUUUGCAGACGGAGGUGCCUUGGUCGCCUCUCCGACCGCCGAUGAGCUACCACCUGCAAGUCUCGAGGCGUCGAUGCUAUCCGAGACUUCGAUUGGCGAGUCGGCAGCUAUGAGUGGAAGUCAGAUUCUCAGCAGGCCCAGCCGCGCAGCAGCAACCGAAUCUUCUGCUGUUCCCGGAGACAGCACGCCUCGUCAGAACACGGGACUCGGCCUCACUGCCGACAAGGCUGAGGAGAUUCGACGCAGGCACGAGGAUGAAGUUGCAGCGCUCGGUGCUGAAGUGCUCGCCCAGACGCGGCGCAACAACCAACGUCGACAAGCGAGCUCGUCGAGCCGUGGUGUCAACACGCCCUUGCUUGGCGGUGAGGAAUCUGCCAAUGAGCAGCCACACCAGAACUCGCCAAGCAAGGGCAUCAGUAGCCGCGUUAGCCAGGGACAGGUCGCCUCGCCUCCGACGCUGUCCAGCUCCACUAUGCAUACCGACACUUCGCGCGAGUCUGGACACAGCGGGAAGAAGUCGAUCUCACGCGCUGUGGGCUCCAUCAUGCGAAAGGCGACCACCGACAGCGAAAAGACGGUGCGACAACCAGUUCCCACGUCGCUCAAGCAAGAGGUAGUGUUCGCGCAGGUGGCAGAGCCGGCAGAGAGCAAGCGUUCGGACGAUGUCUCGGAGACGACCACUGCGCCGGCGCCGGCGCCGGCGGCGAACCAGAAGCACAAACGGGAUGCAUCCUCAGCUCGUAGCCCUUCGCCAGAAAGCAUGCUCUCGCGCCAUUCGUCGGCGGUGGAUGGAUACACGGCGUCUGUAGCGAGCAAGUCGGCGUCUUCGAUUCAUACUGUGGGCAGCUUGCACGCUACUUCGCCCGUUUCUGCCAAACGCAUUUUGCUGGACCCUUCAGUGAGCACGCCUGCGCCGUCUCCCUGGCUGCCGCGUCGACCGGAUGCACGCGGAGUGGCCGUGGUGCCGCUGCCCCAGCUGGGCGUUCGACCUGAACGUCCACGAGAAGGACGUGUGUGGCAGUGGGACGACGACGAUGCGUCGGAUACUGGCAAGGACGACUUGAAGCAAGAGCGAAAGGAGGAAGAGGAGGAGGAGGAGGAGGAAGGCUCGGAUCUGGAUGCUGAAGAGUUGUUGGAGGAAGAGCGCAAGACGGCCAUGCAGAAGAAGCGUGCUACGACGCGUGCGGCCGGUCAGGAGGUGGUGCACGCGCGUCUGGGCAAGAAGGCAUCGGCUCGCGCAAUCACGGAUCUGACGGCAUCGUACGACGACAUGGCGAUCGCUGGUGGCUCGUCGACGUCGCGCCAACGCACUGAGCGCAAGAGCCGUCGACGCAGCAUGGAUCCGCGCAUGCCGAGUGGGCCUCGCAAAGCGCCACCUAAGCUGGUGCGUAGCCGUCGCUCACUGCAGGCGAUGCAAGGGGGCGAGGGCGGAGGGAACGAGGACGAGGACGAGCAGGACCUGUGGCCGGCAGUGUCGGCGACGAGUAAAUCUGGCACCCCGCGACCUCGACACAUUUUGGUCAACUUGCCUGGAGGACCGGGAAUCUGGGACAGCAAGACGGGGGGUGGACGCAAUGCGGUCGCCGCGAUCAACACGGUGGCAGCAGCACGGGCCAAGGCGAUCAAGAAGAGAGCGAAGGAUCACCGCACGUCGUUCGAACUGCCGCCUGACUGGGAUGACGAGAUGAUGGACUACGGCUGGCCGCGCAGUCUCAAAGGCUCGCUGUAUUGA